AUGAAUGCCCAGGAAGAAACCUCUACUCCGGCGGUGGAGAUACUCCCUAGCAAUGACAAAAACCCUUCGUCCGUAGGGCUGAAGAAGGUGACCCCGUAUUGGCACCCGUACACGACGAUGGCGAAGGGACGGUGGCUGGGGCGGGAGCUGCUGGAGGUGGUGUCGACGGAGUACCGGGACCGUUCGAUGGACUUCUAUCGAUACGCCAUCGAAUCGGGAGUCACCACCAUCAACGGUGUUGUCGCCAAAGCCGACCACAUCUUCCAGAACGGCGAUAGACUCGAGAAUGUCGUGCAUCGACACGAACCAGCGGUCACAUCAACGCCAGUGAAGAUCCUUCAUCAUGACAAAGAGCGCGGCUUUAUUGUAAUCAAUAAGCCUGGUUCGAUUCCGGUCCAUGCUACCGGAAGAUACUUCUACAAUAGUCUGGCGGAGAUCCUCAAGAACGACUUUGGCUUCGAGAAGCCGUACACUGUCAACCGAUUGGACAGGCUAACAUCGGGACUCAUGAUACUACCCCUCAACGCGAAGCUCGCUACCAAGCUCACCGAGGAGUUCGUGCAAGGGAAGGUGAAAAAGGAAUACAUUGCGCGUUGCGAGGGGAGGUUCCCCGAGGAGGACGUGGUCUGUGAAGAGCCUCUCCUCACUAUCGACAGGCAGAUGGGAUUGAACGUCGUUCACCCUGAAGGAAAGCCCGCGAAAACCCUCUUCAGGCGCAUACGAUACGAUGAGUACAACAAUACCAGCGUAAUCCACUGCUUCCCUCAAACCGGUCGAUCCCACCAGAUUCGCGUACAUCUCCAGUUUCUCGGACACCCGAUCGCAAAUGACCCUCUCUAUUCGGACCCAAGGAUCUGGGGCGAUAAAUUAGGGAAGGGCGGCAUCGACACCACCCCCAGCGACGAACGCUCCGCUCCCCAGGCGCCCGCGCACCUCGUACUGGACGGCCCGAACCCUGAGUCCCUGUCCCCGAGCCCAAACCAGUCCGGCGACGCGCCGCCUUCGACCGAACGCAAACUCUUCCCUCGCGAAACCGGCCACGACAUCGGCAUGGGCGCCCCAGUGCCGCUGUCGGCGCAAGCGGUGGACAUCAUCACGCGUCUACGCAACAUGAAGGACGAGGACGAGGAUUGGGGUCGCUGGCGGGACGUCGUCUUCCGCGCGAAGGGCAAACUGAUGCCGAGCAUCCUGCGCGCGCCCGUCCUCCAUGAACCGCCUCCGAAGAAGAGGGCGGGCAGGCGGAAGGAGAAGAAGGCCGCUGCGGCGGCGGCGGCGGCCGAAGCGGAGAAGGCGGCUCUGGAGGAACCUACCGACGCGACUCCGGCCCCGGGUACAGACGUAGCGGUGGAGGAAGACAAUGCCACCGCGCCCCAGGCAGAGGCGACACCGGUCGCAGACUCCGCCCCCGCUGAGGACAUCAACAAGCCCGCGCAAAUCACUGAGGAAGAUGUGAUGAAGCUUGCUGCGGAGGACGCUUCGGCCGCAUCUCAAGCACCACCCCCUGCCCCGGAGUUGAUUGUGGACAAGAACGGGAUGUACUACUGCUCAGAGUGCUUUGUUCCGUUGCACGAAGACUCGAAGCCGGAGACGUUGUACAUCUUCCUACACGCACUACGGUACACGACGAGUCUGGGAACAUUCGAGACGGAGAUGCCGGAGUGGGCUGCAGAAGGCUGGGAUUGGGCGCGAUAA